AUGUCGACGUGGGAGGAGUAUUUGGCUAACCAGGCCAAUAUCGAUGGCAUCCAAAUGACCUGGAAUAUGUGGCCUCAUUCUCGUCUCGAUGCCCAAAGAUUGGUCGUUCCCGUGUCCGUCUUCUUUACUCCUCUCAAGGAGCGACCUCUGGAUCAACCGCAGCAGCCACCGUUAGAAUAUGAUCCUGUCCUAUGUCAAAAACAAUCAUGCAAGGCUAUUCUCAAUCCGUUAUGUAUGGUUGAUUACCGAAGUAAAAGUUGGACAUGCCCAUUCUGUAAUCAACGUAAUCCCUUCCCACCACACUAUGGAAUGAUCGCUGAAGACAAUCGUCCACCUGAGUUGUAUCCACAAUUCACCACCAUUGAAUAUACUCUCAAAAAAGCCACCACAAUGCCACCGAUAUUCGUGUUCGUAGUAGACACUUGUAUGAGUGCCGAAGAAUUGAAAGCGUUGAAAGAAUCCAUCCAAACCGCACUUUCACUGUUGCCAGCUGAUGCCCUUGUUGGUUUGAUUACUUUUGGACGUAUGGUUGAGUUACAUGAACUCUCGGUUCAGGGCAUUUCACGGGCAUACGUUUUCAAGGGUACCAAAGAGGUGACGCAAAAGCAGUUGAAAGAUAUCAUUUCGAUCAAUAUCGGCACGGCUGGUAGCCAUGAUCAUUCGGGUGCACAGAACAGACCGGCUGGACAACCGGGUGCAAUGCCUGGCGCCGGAGGUCCAACGCCAGUCGCGGGAAUGCCACCGCAGCAGAGACCGCCAUUCUCGGCCGGUCCGGGAGGCGCACAAAUGCCUGGUGGUGGUCAGCAGAUGCCCGGAGGCCCAGGAGCGCAACAUUCUCAGCUACCUUACAAUAAAUUCAUUCAGCCGAUCAAUGAUUGUGAUCAAUCGAUAAACGAUUUGAUCGAGCAAAUCCAACCGGAUCGUUGGCCUGUUCCACAGGGACACCGUCCAAUUCGUGCCACUGGAAGCGCACUUGCCGUCGCAGUCACUCUCCUUGAGGUAUGUUUCCCAAACACAGGGGCUCGCAUAAUGACAUUUAUCGGAGGGGCAUGCACACACGGUCCUGGCUCAGUUGUGGGCGAAGAGCUGAAGAAUCCGAUCCGAUCAUGGCAUACAAUCAAAGAGGACAAUGCUCCCUAUAUGAAAAAAGCAACGAAAUUCUACGAUGGAUUGGGUGCACGUGCCGUGAAGAAUGGUCACGUUAUAGAUAUCUAUUCUUGUGCUCUCGAUCAAACUGGACUGAAUGAAAUGCGUGCUUGUUUCAAUACAACAGCUGGUAAUGUUGUGAUGGGUGACAGUUUCAAUUCGUCGCUUUUCAAGCAAACCUAUCAGCGUGUCUUCGAAAAGGAUGCAUCUGGAAGUCUGAAAAUGGGAUUCAACGCCACAAUGGAGGUGAAAGUAGGGGGUGGUUUGAAAGUGGAAGGUAUGUUGGGAUGUUGUGCGAAUGCAAACGUGAAGAAUGCAUCCGUAUCGGAUAAUGAAAUGGGUAUCGGGGGUACGUGUCAGUGGAAGUUUUGUGCAUUGUCACCGAAAGCAACCGUUGCCGUUUUGCUGGAAAUUGUGGCUCAGCACGGUGUAGCAGUAGCUCAAGGUUCACGUGGUGUGAUACAGUUCGUCACACAAUACCAACAUCCAGACGGUCGUAAGCGAAUUCGUGUCACGACAACUUGCCGAAAUUGGGCUGAUUUCUCCACACAACAACCACAAAUUGCGUACGGCUUCGAUCAGGAAGCUGCAGCCGUGAUAAUGGCUCGUUUAGCAUCAUGGCGUGCCACGAAUGAAAAUGAUACGCCAGAUGCGUUGAGAUGGGUGGAUAGAAGUCUGAUUAGAUUGUGUCAGAAAUUCGGAGAAUAUCAUAAGGAUGAUCCAGCCUCAUUCCGUCUAUCGGAUAAGUUCUCAUUGUUCCCACAGUUUAUGUUCCAUUUACGUCGGUCACAAUUUCUGCAAGUCUUCAACAAUUCGCCUGAUGAAACGGCCUAUUAUAGGCACAUAUUAAUGGCUGAGAACGUUUUGGAGAGUACGACAAUGAUUCAGCCAGUUCUAUUUGCGUAUUCAUUCAGUGGUCCACCUGAACCCGUAUUGCUGGAUACUUCUUCAAUUCUGCCCGACAGAAUCUUGCUUAUGGACGAUUACUUCCAUGUUCUUAUAUAUCAUGGACAGACAAUAGCUGCAUGGCGCAAAAUGAAUUAUCAAGACGAUCCACAGUAUGGAGCGUUCAAACAACUGCUCGAAGCACCAGUCGCAGAUGCUGCUGCGAUUCUGCAGGAACGUUUCCCGAUGCCACGUUACAUCGUCACUGAAUACGAAGGUUCACAGGCUCGUUUCCUACUGUCGAAAGUGAAUCCAUCGUUAACACAUAAUAAUCCUUAUGCAGCGGAGGGAGGUGCACCGGUAUUUACUGAUGAUGUCUCAUUACAAGUCUUUAUGGAGCACUUGAAGAAGUUGGCCGUUUCGUCGUCAACUUGA